GAUUUCUGUCUGAGGAAUUGCCUGCACUUUCAUGUUUUCUAUAGGCACUGUGGGAACCGGAGAAGAAGAAUGAAGGCAGAGGACAAAAUACAAAUACUGAAAUUCUUCUUAAUGGUUUUCAAUGGGGUUUUUGUGAUACUUGGACUGGCCAUCUUCGGAUGUGGGGUCUGGAUCCUGUUUGACAAGAGCAGUUUCAUUGUGACUCUUAGUGGGGGGUCAUCCAUGAAAACUGUCGCCGGCGGCCUUUUUGUGAUUGGCCUGGUUGUGUUUGGCGUCAGUUGCCUUGGAUAUGUGGGCGCAUACAAAGAAAUACGGUUUCUCCUCAUGCUGUAUAUGGGCUUCUUAAUAGUCAUAUUCCUGGGGCAGCUUUUUGUCACAUUCGUACUGCUGAUAAAGAGGAAGGAGAUCACAAAUUUCUUAAUAGAAGAGGUGGAUCAAAUCAUUGUGACCUAUGGGACAAUGGGGAACGGCUCAUCAGAACAGUGGAGGGUCCUUGACGCUGUGCAACAUCAUAGUAACUGCUGUGGGAGAACUGGCUACACCCAGUGGAGGAAUAACACCUUCAUUUCCUCACUCUCCAAUGGUGAGGAUGUGUAUCCAUGCUCCUGCUUCAACACCUCCUGCCCCUUCCUCUCCGGCGAUACCUCACUGAGGUUCGGCAACGGGUCAUCUGUCUUCCAGAAGGGUUGUCAGGAGAGUAUAGAGGUCUGGCUCUCAGGGAAUGGCCUCGCAAUACUAGGCAUGGACGCAGGGCUUGUUCUCAUACAGAUCCUGCAGUUCGUUCUCAGUUUGUACUUGAUCCGGAAUAUCAGGAGGAAAGCCAAGCAAAAAAGACUGCUCAACAAUCAAGAGGAUAAUUCAGCUGUCAAUGAUGGCUACCAACACUUGGACUGA